ACUGGGUUCAUAUACAUUAGGUGAACAAAAUGAUGAAUUUUGCAGCGUCGCUAUGCAGAAGGAUGAAUAUCAAGGAGCUUGUCUCGAAUGCUCCUGUUUACAGAAUCUCAAGUGAUGUCUCUGGAGAAGGAUUGAGUCUGGUUUUCAGACGAUGGGCUACCAAAAAGACAGCCGGAUCUACGAAGAAUGGAAGAGACUCAAAACCCAAGAAUCUUGGUGUCAAGAAAUUUGGUGGUGAGAGAGUAAUACCUGGAAACAUCAUUGUUAGGCAACGUGGUACCCGAUUUCAUCCGGGAAACUAUGUUGGAAUUGGGAAAGAUCAUACUCUUUUUGCGUUGAAAGAAGGUUGGGUGAAGUUUGAAAGAAACAAACUGACUGGUCGCAAGUGGGUGCAUGUUGAACCCAAGGAAGGUCAUGUCCUCCACCCUCUGUACGCAAAUGUGGCUGCCACUGAACCAAAAGUUGCUGCUUGAGUCUGAUGCACCAAAUCUUACAAAGUGACAAUGAAUUCAGGUUACUUCUCAAGGCUUAUUCUUGGGAGAAACUUCGAUUUGUGUUCUUUUAGUGUUUUCUUAAUUCUUUUAGAUUGAGUCAAUGAUUUGCUGCUGAUUAAAGAGAGACAUCUACAUGCUAUGGUUUUGUUGAAAAAGCAUGAUAGCUUGCCCAUUGUUCUUUUAUGCA